CCAUAGUAUUUAUUUUCCCUAUACCAUGGCAGUAAAUGGGGGAUGAGAUCUGUUUGGUUACUGACAUUCUUCCAAAUAUCUUUUGUUGUGUUCAACAGAACAAAAACAUUUACACAGGUUUGGAAUAAUCUGAGGGUCAGUAAAUGAUGACAGGGUGAACUAUCCCUUUAAGGUUUGGACAACUUUAUUCACUUAAGUUUCUAAUCCCAGCAUCAUGGCAUUUGCUGCUUUAUCAAUUACAGAAGCAUCCGUAUUGAUACACGUAUCAGCAAGGAAUGCAUCGCGAUAUACAGUAUUGCUGUAUUGAUGUUUUGAGCACAGCCAUAUUUAAAGCCUUGUUCCAUGUGCCCCUUUUAUACGUUGAGCACCUGUCCCUUUAAAGGUCUCUGCUCUGAGCUUGGUACUCUGGUAUAGCACUCGACGACGUAACAUAAUAGAACAGAAUACAGCCAAUGGCAGACUUCGUAGCAGACGCACUCGCGCAAAAAAGAGAUCUUAUCAGCCUUAACAAUUCUGUCAGUGAAGCAGCUCACUCAACACGCUUGCACCGCUCGCUAUUUCACUUUAAUACGAUUGAGAAUCGCUGUUUGUUGUAGGAUCUGUGUGAGUCUGAGAGCAGUGCACAGUUUUUAAACUGUAUAAGAGCUCAAAGCAUCGAGCGAUUUCACAUUCUGUUCUGAGAACAUCUCGCGCGCAGCAGACGCGAAAGCAUCAGUGCUUGGUGAGUGAUAAACAUUCGUUUUGAUCUACGUCAGGUGUGUCUGAACUUCAUACAAACAAAUAUAAAGUCUUUUUGUCCCAAUAUUUGAAGAUUAAGUUACUAAAAGAUGAUUGUGACCGACAGCACAAUAGGUACAAUGUUUAUUUAUAGCACGAUUAACCGCGUUUGUCGCCAAAAGCACAUAACUAUAAAAAUACUUAACGAUAAGCAAUAAUCAGUCUGUAAAUCAGAUAUAUUAAACAAUGAGCACACAUAUGUUGUAAGUGUAGAGUUAUACAUUGGACACAUGUGAUAUACGCCGGUAAGAUCUUAGCAAAAACACGAACGCCUCUAUUUGAAAGUCUUGUCUUUGAAACACGAAGCAGACCAGAAUCCGCAGUAUUCACAAUAUUGGUAUCAUUGUGUUAAAUUGAGUACAAAAUGUCCUCAGUUAAAAUCAUUUGUUGUUGUGUGUGUGUGAGUGUGUGUUUUGUAAUGAAUCGUACUGAAAAUAUGAGUGUAGAAGGCAGAGAGAAGUUUGUAACCGUUGUGUUGUGUUGUGUUGUGUUACUGUUGGUAAAAUGUUAAACGUGUGCAGAACCGCCACUAUUGCAGGUCUUUCUCACAUGUGACACUUCUGGACAGUUUGCCGCUGUUCUUCUUUUCUCUUCUUGUACUGUUUUGCUUAUGUUGUGCUUUUCAUGUACAGGUACAGAUCAGUCUUGUGAGAUGAUGUCUGAGACGAUGAAUGCAAGCAGCUCCUUCACUACAGGAGCUUCAUCUCAGCGUCCUGUACCUGAUUCUGCUGAUACGUCACAGGUUAGAUUUAUGAUCAUAAGUACUGCACAUUUAAAACAUAAAAUGAAUGGACAUGCAUUAAAUCUUUGUUUGCUAUAUUUACAGCAGUGUCGUGUGUACAGAUACAUAGAGAUGGGGCCAGUGCAACCAAGCAGAUUAACGCGUCCACCUGCGUGUUCGCGUAUCUGUCCUGUGGCUGCUAGAGUUGCACCGCGUCUGAGGCGCAAACCUCCUGCUACACGUCCCUCACAGGCACAGGUCAAUACAGAUGUGUCUGUGGGUAGCACGAUGCCAUGUCCAGAUACAUUCUGUGAUGUGUCGUCAACAUCUCCUCUGUGUCAUGAUGAGAAGAAAGCAGAGGAGAUCUGUUCAGCCCAGCCUGAGCUUCCCAUGGACGAUAAGAGCACGCCAGUGGAUUUCGAGCCAUCGCCUGCUCCGUGCGAGUCUCCUAUGGACGUCAAGAACGAGCCAAUAGAUUUUGAGCGAUCGCCCGCUCUGUACACGGCUCCUCAAAGUUCAGCUUAUGACGUUUUGCUGGAACCAUAUGCUGCCCGGGCUUUCCGUGGAGCUCUCCGGCAUAAACUUAAGAAUCGUUUUUCUCCUAAUCCACGGUUUGAAAGAGAAGUGCCAAAUGUGGCUCUCUCUUUCAAAACCACAAAUGUGAUCAAUGCCUGGCACUCGACCUCUCAAAAUGUGGCUGUCAUGGACAAUGAGAACAAGCCGAUGGAUUUUGAGCGAUCGCCCGCUCUGUACACGGCUCCUCAAAGUUCAGCUUAUGACAUUUUGCUGGAACCAUAUGCUGCCCGGGCUUUCCGUGGAGCUCUCCGUCAUAAACAUAAGAAUCGUUUUUCUCCUUAUCCACGGUUUGAAAGAGAAGGGUUGAAUGUGGCUCUCUCCUUCAAAAACAAAAUAGACAGUGAAAGAAGAGAAAGAGACAGAAGAUGCAGAGAAAGAAAAGAAAAAGUAAGAAGAGACCGCGAAAGUAGAGGCGGAGAAAGAAGAGAUGGUGAAAGAAGUUACAGAGAGAGAAGCGACGGUGAAAGAAGUCACAGAGAAAGAAGUGACGGAGAGAGAAGCGACGGUGAAAGAAGACACAGAGAAAGAAGUGAUGGAGAGCCAAGACACAGAGAAAGAAGUGACAGAGAAAGAAGUGACGGAGAGAGAAGACACAGAGAGAGAAGCGAUGGUGAAAGAAGACACGGAGAGAGAAGCGACAGUGAAAGAAGACACAGAGAGAGAAGCGACGGAGAAAGAAGACACGGAGAGAGAAGCGACGGUGAAAGAAGACACAGAGAGAGAAGCGACGGUGAAAGAAGACACGGAGAGAGAAGCGACGGUGAAAGAAGACACGGAGAGAGAAGCGACAGUGAAAGAAGACACAGAGAGAGAAGCGACGGUGAAAGAAGACACAGAGAGAGAAAAGAGAAAACAGUCAACGGUGAAAGAAGAGACGGAGAAAGAAGAGUCAGAGAGUCUGUUAGAGCAGACAGAUCUUCAGCUCAGGAUUAUGAUGUGUGGAGACCGGAAGAAAGAAGAGACAGAUCAUCUAUUAGAGCUCAACGUUCAUGUCCUUAUACCCGGAGCUGAUCUACACAGACUACCUGCAAACAGUUACACACUGACCACGACCAGGAGUUGCUGAGAGGUCGAUGAGCGGGUAAGUACAAAGACAGGUAAGUAUAAAUCCUUAGAACACAGGUAACAAGCAGGUAAAUUUAAUCCAUAGAACACGGGUAACAAGCAAGUAAAUACAAUCCUUAGAACACAGGUAACAAGCAGGUAAAUUGAAUCCUUAGAACACGGGUAACAAGCAAGUAAAUACAAUCCUUAGAACAGUCAACAAACAGGUCAAUAUAUUCCUUAGAACACGGGUAAAAAGCAGGUAACUUUAAUCCUUAGAACACGUGUAACAAGCAAGUAAAUACAAUCCUUAGAACACAGUCAACAAACAGGUCAAUAUAUUCUUUAAAACACGGGUAAAAAGCAGGUAACUUUAAUCCUUAGAACACAGGUAACAAGCAAGUAAAUAUAAUCCUUAGAACACGGGUAACAAGCAAGUAAAUACAAUCCUUAGAACACAGUCAACAAACAGGUCAAUAUAAUCCUUAGAACACGGGUAAAAAGCAGGUAACUUUAAUCCUUAGAACACGGGUAACAAGCAAAUAAAUAUAAUCCUUAGAACACGGGUAAAAAGCAGGUAACUUUAAUCCUUAGAACACAGUCAACAAACAGGUCAAUAUAUUCCUUAGAACACGGGUAAAAAGCAGGUAACUUUAAUCCUUAGAACACGGGUAACAAGCAAGUACAUAUAAUCCGUAGAACACGGGUAACAAGCAUAAUCCUUAGAACACGGGUAACAAGCAGGUAAAUAUAAUGGUAUAAAUAUAUUAGGGCUAUGAAGCGAUUAAAAGUUUUAACCUAAUUAAUUACAUGAUGCAGCAAUUAAUUAAUCUAAUUAAUUGCAAACAAAUCACACAUCACAUUUGGGGCCAAAAUUUCAUUUAAAGCCAUUAUAUAACAAUACAGAAAGUAGCUUCAGCUGUUCAGACAGCCAUCAUUUAGUUUUUUUAGAAGCUGAAUUAUUAUUUGAAUAUAAUUAAAGACCAAAACAUACCAACAUUCUCAAGAAAUAUCUUCCUUUCCCCCAAAAAGUAGUACAUGAUGGUAUAAAUGUAAAUAAGAUGAAUUUCCUUUUUUGGGCAAACUAUCACCAAUUUAUUAGUAGUAUUUUUAUUUAACUUUUUUUAUUAAAGUUUCAUUUUAGUUUUAUUUUAAUAAUUCUUUGAAUUAUGAAAAACUGCCAGCAGGUGGUGGUAAAUCUCAUUAAUUCAUUGGAUUCGUUCAAGAAUGCAGUAAAUGACUCUUUAUGAAUGAGCCACUGAUUCAUUGAUUCACUCAAUUGAUUCGUAUUCAUUUUGAACCAAAACCACGCUGUUUGUUCCUCAGAGAUGCAAAACACUUAUCCUGAGGUGUUCGAGGUAAUAUUUUCAUUGAAAAAAUGAAGAAAACAGACAAUAUUGUUUUUAAAAUAUACAAUCUGGAAAUCCUGAAAAAGUAUUGAUUUUUAAUAUGGUGUUUUCAAGGUUUAAAAAAUGGAAAAUUGGAUUUGGGAUAAAGGUUGAAACUGCUUGAAAUUUUAAUUGCUUGGUUUCAUAUCAAAUUAGUAUGUGACAAUAGUUCACUUUUUAGAUAAAAUAACUGAAAAGUUCUUAUUGCGUUUGCCGUACGCAUUAAAAACAUUCUGCUCGAGCUUCGCUUGUCAUUCUGAUUCUGUGUAUGUGGCGGGCGGCUACAUAUGAAGAGUUCAGAUGCAAAACCCUCUAAAAGUAACCUCUGUUAAAAAUAAGAUUCCCUUUCUGUCGGUCUCUCGACGUUGUGUCGAACCGACAGAUGGGGUUCGUCCCUGAGAACCAAUC